GGCGGGGGCAGGCGGAGGAAGGGGGCGGGGCCCAGAAGUUGUUCCGCGCUGGGCGGGAGGGCUGCGGGCCGGCGGGCGGACCGGGCCGGGGCUGGGGAAGUUUGCGCUGCGGCUCGUGAGCGCAGGGUGCGGGCCCCGCCGGCCGCUGCGCGCCCGCUGCCAUGGCUUUCCGCAGGAGGACGAAAAGUUACCCGCUCUUCAGCCAGGAGUUCGUCAUCCACAACCACGCGGACAUCGGCUUCUGCCUGGUGCUCUGCGUCCUCAUCGGGCUUAUGUUCGAGGUCACAGCCAAGACUGCCUUCCUAUUUAUUUUACCUCAGUAUAACGUUAGUUUGCCUACAGCAGAUGGUGAGACAGUGCACUACCACUACGGCCCCAAGGACCUGGUCACAAUCUUGUUCUACAUCUUCAUUACCAUCAUCCUGCACGCUGUGGUUCAGGAGUACAUUUUAGACAAAAUCAGCAAACGGCUUCAUCUCUCCAAGGUCAAACACAGCAAGUUCAAUGAAUCUGGACAGCUGGUCGUCUUUCAUCUCAGCUCGGUGAUUUGGUGCUUCUACGUGGUGGUGACGGAAGGAUACUUAACAAACCCGAGAAGCCUCUGGGAAGACUACCCGCAUGUGUACCUCCCCUUCCAGGUGAAGUUUUUCUACCUGUGCCAGCUGGCCUACUGGCUGCACGCGCUGCCUGAGCUGUACUUCCAGAAGGUACGGAAGGAGGAAAUCCCCCGCCAGCUCCAGUAUAUCUGCCUGUACCUGGUGCACAUAGCUGGAGCGUACCUCUUAAACCUGAGCCGCCUGGGCCUGAUCUUGCUGUUGCUGCAGUACUCCACUGAGUUCCUCUUCCACAUGGCUCGACUCUUCUACUUCGCAGAUGAGAACAACGAGAAGCUAUUCAGUGCCUGGGCUGCCGUGUUUGGGGUCACCCGCCUCUUCAUCCUUACCCUUGCCGUGCUGGCCAUCGGCUUCGGACUGGCUCGCAUGGAAAACCAGGCCUUUGACCCCGAGAAGGGGAACUUCAACACUUUGCUUUGCCGGCUGUGCGUGCUGCUGCUGGUGUGUGCCGCCCAGGCCUGGCUCAUGUGGCGCUUCAUCCACUCCCAGCUGCGGCACUGGCGGGAAUACUGGAAUGAGCAGAGCGCCAAGCGGAGAGUCCCAGCUGCCCCCAGACUACCAGCCAGGCUCAUCAAGAGGGAAUGUGGUUACCAUGAAAAUGGAGUGGUGAAGGCAGAGAAUGGAACCUCCCCCCGGACUAAGAAACUCAAGUCUCCUUAAGGCCAAAGUGCUGAGAACAGGAAUCCUCUUGGUGGGGGCGCAGCGGGGGGCGAGGAGCCCGGCCCCUCCCUGCCUCCGCCCCCCUGCUCGUGGUGCUCCGUCUCAACGGCAGAGACCCGUCUUUCUGCGAGGGGUUUCUCCUUCUUACUUCCUGGCUUUCUCUUCCUCUUCCAUAAACCAUUCUCAAUAAAGCCAAAACUCCUUCUCUUUCCCUCCCUCAGGCCACCUCGCGUCCUCACCCCUGCCCUGUGCCGGGGUCUUCUAGAAGCCCAGGUUCUCAAGGCUGUCUUUCUUUUUGCCUCUUCUUUCUCUUCAUUCAUGGCUGCUGCUUUCUCUUUUCACCUGAUCGUGCAAUUUUUUCUGUGUCGGAUUUUUACAAUGAGAGGGAGCUAAGAUUACAGUCCUGUCCAUCAGUCCCCAGGACCUGUCAGUCUGGAAGCCUCGUGCCAAGGAGCCUCCACCGGGGGCCAGCAGCGGGCCCCUCGGUGUCCCCUUGUGGAGGGGCAGGAAGAGGAGCACCCGGCCCUCCCGGAUCGUAAUCUCCUUGGUGCUGAUUAACUGACGAGAUCCGUGAUUCCAGCCGCUGCUGGCUGUAAACGCCAAGGCAUUUGGCUUUGGGACCUGAGGACUCAACCCAGAAGGAUGGUGUUAACGCCAUUGGGUCUCGUGACUCACCAUGGCUGGGCAAGGACCGGCGACCAGCCCGCUGCUGCUCUGCGGGGGAAGCGCCGAAGGAGGAGGACAAGUCUUCCCGCCGUGGGGAGCAAGCGUGUGAGCAGCAGCUCUUCCAGAAAGGUAAUGGCGGCAGGAACGACGGAGAAGUCGACCUAGGCCUUUCUUCAGCAGUCCCAGCUGCAGUUGCUUUUUCAGCCGUUCACCAGCAUUCAAACCAAACCAAACCGAACCGAACCGCAGUGCGCAGACCUGCCAGAGCGAUGCUGGUCCUAAGCUCAGAGCCGGCCUCCCUGUCGGGGCCCAAGCUCGCUGCCUUGGCUUCGUCUCUAGCUGCGGAAACACUAAGCCCCAAGGGCUCCGGGCCCGUGAUGGUCCCCUGGUGCCUCGGGGGUGGUCACCCGGGCUGUUCUCGCUCUGGCCUCACUCACUGAGUGUUCUUUGGAGUUGUUGUCAUUUGCUGAUGUUUGUUGAGCACACCUAGCAUUUUGAGCUGCGUGAAGCCAGGACGGACUCCAGGUCACUCUCCCAGUUAGCGGAUAGAAGUCUUUUUGCCCCCCUCCCUCGCACAUCCUUUCCCCUCCUUUCCCCCUGAAGACAAGGCCUCCGAGUCCUUAUGGUGCCUUGAAAGGACUUCCAGAAGGGGCGGUAGACUUUAAAAGGCCCUGAUUAAGAACCUCGGAACUCUGAGCUGAGGCGAAGGGGAGCAGUUCUUGGUGGGCACGGGAAUGCUGUGUCAUUGGUGUGCUGGCCCUCCUUCUGACGUCAAGUAGAAACCAAACCUUGGAUUUUUAUCCAAAAAGGGGGAAAUGGGUCUUUUCAUCAAAGCAACUCCCCUUCUCCAAGUCACUUACAUCAUAGAUAAAUUUUAACUUUCCAGUAACUGAGGGAUUGGUUUCCUAACACCAUUGUAGACCCUCUCUCUGUCCAAGGUAAGGUUGCAGAAAUGGGAAGAACUACUGGGCUGCUUUUGAUUUCCCUUAGGAAGUGGGACAGUGUUUUUGAAAAUAUGCGUUUCUCCCAUCCCUCCCUCUUCUCCUCUGACACUUGUCUAGGCCGCACAGCAGAACUUUGGUAAGAGAGUAGCUUGUAGCUCGGUAUCAACACAGCGGAGCUGACCAGGAACCAGACCCCUUAGCCAUUUCAGUCACACAGCCCUGACAUAGGCUGAAAUUGAGGUCAUGCUCCCUGUCCGCCCCUGGGAACUGCUAAUGGGGGGAGUGUUCAGCCAGCAGCCUGCUAAGCCCACCUUCCUCCCCCGUGAGCCUGGGUCCUCCCUCGGCUGUGUCAUUGGCAGGGCCUCGCCCGCUUCCUACCGGAGGCCUGUCCCUCUCAGGUGAGCCCAGGUGAGAAUGCAGAGGGGCGUGCCUGCCACGUGCUGCGCGCUGAGGAGGGGGUAAGCAAAGCCGCUGACAUCUUGCCCUCAAGCAGCCUCCGUUUUCAUGUCUGUAGGUUUUCGUGGCUCUGUCCCAGGACACCUGGGUGCCGUGGACGACAUGGCUUCAUGUCCCUGAAGUCUGCAGGCUUCACUGCUGCCAGUGUGUUGUGCCUUGGAUGCGGUCCCACCAACACAGUGUCUGGGGUCGGCUUAGGCUGGCUCUGCUUCCCAGGGGACAAGGGUGUGUUCAGGGUUUGUUCUAUGUAAAAAAACAAAACGAAACCCUGAGACCAUGAGUAAGGUUGGCACCGCACCAGCCUGGGCUUCAGGGACAUUUUAGGGGGGAGUCAAAGGCUAGUUAGGGGUCCUUUGUCACCUCCCGACCAGCCUCUCCGGCACAUUUAUUUCAUAGCAGAGCCAAGUCUUCAGCAGGUUGACGUGAACCAUGUUGCCAGAGCUGAAAUUAUUCCACGUCAGCCCAUGAGCCUGUUGGGCUCGCUCGUUCUCAUUUUGGUGACUUUGGCUACUUUAUUCUGUUUUAUGCAUGAUCUCCUGUCCCCAAGCCACUUGCGAAGGCCCUGCCAUAUUCCUCCAAGUUUGAGAGGCCGGCUCAGCACCAUUUGCCAAGAGCGGGGGAGGGGAUGUAACCUACCUCAGCACCUGCGGCCUCUCGGCACCCCGACCCCCGAUGGCCGGCGCGUGUGGGGAGGCCCACGGGUGGCAGCGACAGGAGAGGGAGGCCGCCUGCCGGGUGGGGGAAUCCCGUGCCGCCGGCCGCCCUCCCAGGGGCGCCAGUGUCGGGAAAGCUAUUUUUACCUGCCGGGCUCUGACAGCCGCACUAUUAAUAGGUUACAUGUGUUCCUCUUGAAGGCAGGGGAUGGUUCUGGGCAAAAGGGGAGCGGGCUGAGCCGGGGUGGGGCAGCUGCUGCCGCUCUCCUGUUUGAGUCGAUUCUCACCCGACGUGUGCCGGGGCCACCAGACCUACGACGUGGUUGCUGGGAACCUUGUCUGUUCCUGUCCCCAGGCAGAACUUACCAGCCUCUGAGAAACUAAAAUAGAUGUCUGGACUCCUCGCACGUGCUUGUCACGGCUAGAAUCCCUGGCGCCCCAACCUCCCCUGCUGCCUGGGACAGGCGUGUGCCUCUGGGCUUUCUUCUGGGACCUCCUUCCUCAACAGCCCUUGGCCUUGUUUUCUCAGCAGUGGAUUAAGAGGCUGGGUCAGAGAGCGCAUCCCCUCCCGACAUAGAAGUUGCAUUGGGUGGAGGCUUUAAUGGGAAGUGGCUGGGAAAGGCCGGGGUUUGGGCCUCCUUCGUGUGCUCCAGCCUCCACAGCCAGGUUUUCCUAGGCCUGGUGUGAGAGGAAGUGGGGGAGCCUGGACGUGACUGGCUGCCUGGGGCCUCAGUGUCACAGGUGAACGGGCUUCCGGGCUUCCGUCCGUGAUCCCCCGAGGCUCUGUUCUCGGUCACUGGAGACAGUGCUGAGAGCCUGGGACGACCGUGUUGUUCUUCCUCCCGCCUGCGGCCCUGUGAGCUCAGGCCUUGUCCGCAGGAGAGGGCCGUGGGGAUUACUGGAGCAUUAGGUCAUUGUCAGAUGACUCAGAAACCUACAUGGAAUCCCUCUCUAGCCCGUGGUUGUCCCCGUGAGGGAGACUUUACCAGCUUCUCACUCUUCACCCUCCUUCUGGCACAAGUGUUAACUGCACCACCACCCCCCAAGGCUGAAAAAGACCACUCCUCCCCGGGGAGAGUUGCCUCACUCGUGCGUGGAGGUCUCGGAUUAGCAGAGCCGUGAAGGAGAAAAGCAUUGGGUCUGCAGGCUCCCUGCAGCCUUGUGCCCAGAGGCCCCCGCAGAGUUUUUGUCCUGAGCAGAUCCUUUGUGUGUGUGUGUGUGUGUGUGUAUAGUAAGUGCCUUACUUUGCCGUGUGGUCUUGUACUGUGUGGCCAGCCCCCAGCCACCGGGGCUCCAGAGCUGUUUGUCAUAUGCAGCUGAGGACACCAUGCCUCAGUACAGUUACAUAUAAAAGGGACACAGAUUGUGACAGUUUUGCCCCAUUCAUUUCUGACACCCUCCCCUUCCCAUUGCAUUGGGGUCCGGUGUGUUCUCGGUGGUGUUCCUGGUUUCUCCCUCGUGUCAGUUCUCUUGUGACCUGCUGGGUGGCUGUAGGAGCCCUGUGAGGUGGCCUAACGGCAGACCCCUUGCCUCGUACCUAUUAGGGAAGCUCAGAGACUUCCAGAACCACCCCCCGCCCUGUGCCUCUGGCCCCACGUGGCAAGCCCUGCUCUUCCAGUCCCCCUCCAUCCCAGAUUAAACGCAUAACCAUAACCCUCUUCUGAUCUAUUUUGCUUCCCAUUCAACCCAAAGUUUCUGUGAUGCAGGUGUUUACUUUUACUUCCCAGUCUCGAGUGUUAAUUCAUAGAUAACGCAUUUGACAGGUGGUCUAGUCUGGCCGUUGCAGCCCUGUGUGAGCUCCUGAUUCAGUGUUACCUUGUGUGAGUAGCAGCAGCCCUCCACCCUGCCCCCUGCCUGCCUGCCUUUCUCUCACUCUACCGGGUUGUGCAAUAACUCUCCCCGCCGGGGGUCUCUUCCACAGGCCUUUCUGUCCCUUACAAUUCCCCGCAAGUGGGGGAGAGAUGAGACCCACGGGAGGGGUAGUCGUCAUCCCUUACAGAAGCAAUGUCAGCCACUUUCCUUUUGUUGCUGUCAUUCUCGUGGUCCUGGGUGGGUUUCUGUGGCACCCUUGUAGAACAUGUAGCAUCAUCUUAGAAGUCCAUAUAUAUAUUUUUUUUUUUAAUCUGUUGAAGAGGAAAAACCCACCCUCAUGAUGGGGCAUAAGUCAGUGUCCAGGAAUAAGAUCUGUUGUGAUGCCUGUGACAUCACCGUCACUCUGCCUAAAAGCAUUCCAGAGCUGCUUGUUCACGUGGAGAGGAAGGAGAUUUUUCCGAGAAUCAGCCACAGGUGGAUGGCCCUGUUCACCUGACAGGACCUGGCUGUGACGGUACCACCGUUUCCUUGAGUGUGUAUGUGAUGAGACUGCAAACCUCAUAUUUCAGUUCCUCUGUUUAAUAAACAUCUGAAGGAUGAGCUGAGGCUGCUGGUGCCCUGAGCAACUCAUAAUGCAAAUGUGGACAGAUUGUCUCUGUGUUUUUCUACUUUAGCCUGUUCAUGUUAUGGACCAAAUUACAACAAGGAACUCAAGGAAAAUUUGUACCUGCCAUAUUUAUGCUUUCAUGUAAAAGGGUUGGGGGGAGGGGUGUCUUUUUACUUUUGGUGAACUUUUUUUUCAAAAUCAUUUUUCCACUGUUGCUGUCUGGUUUUAAAACAAAUUACAGUUUUUGUAUGGAUUUUUUAAAUGUACAUUUUGCAACAAAUGAUCAAAUAUUUUCUGAAUAACUGAAUAAAAGGCAUAGAAUUA